GUGAGUGUAAACUCAUUAGCUUGCUGCUCGAAGACUCUUUUUUUUUUUCCUCCAACGAAACGAAUGCAGAAUAAUUCUCUAAAUAAUUAAUUAAAUGACUUGCUUUAUUUAAAGAAGAAGCAACGACGAUGUCCGAAUAAAGGCUGCUAUGGCGAUAAGGAGGAUACCUUCGCGCUCUGUCUCCGUCAUCUUUGGUCGCUAUGAAUCCCGACGGCGCCUCGGCUCGCUGCGAGGGCCCAUCCUCCGCGGAUGACCCGAUGGACGACUGGCUCUUCCUCUCCUCUGAUUCUGCGGAGCGUCUGGGCCCAGAGGGGAGCAGGGGAACCCCGGAGGCAGAGGACAGAGGACAACUAAAAACCAAGUUGAUCUCGGCGUGGAACAGUGUCAAAUAUGGCUGGUCCUUAAAGCAGAAAUCAAAAUUUAGCAAGAGCUCCGCUGUGAUAAUGUUUGGACAAUCCUACGAGCUCAGGGACCACGACGAGAGGGAGCGUUUCCGCCGCUCCUUUGCGUCUCUCCUGUGGUUGACGUACAGACGGGGCUUCCCUCAUCUGGCGGGCUGCUCUCUGACCACCGACAGCGGCUGGGGUUGCGUGCUACGCACGGGGCAGAUGCUGCUGGCCCAAGGGCUGCUCCUGCACCUGAUGCCGCCAGGUUGGACUUGGUCUGUGAGCCCCUGUGCGGUCAAGGAUGACAUGGACCUGCUGGUGAGUCGCCCCACGGCCGGGGCAGAGCGUGGACUGGAUGCAAAGGAAGGGUCGAAUAUGGGGGUUCGGACACUGAGCUUGGGUUCCCUCCUGGACAGACCCAUGGAGGCUACACACAGGAGGGUGGUGUCGUGGUUUGCGGACCAUCCCACAACUCCUUUCGGGAUACACCAGCUGGUGGAGCUGGGCAAAAGCUCGGGGAAGAAGGCCGGCGACUGGUACGGCCCUUCCAUCGUGGCACACAUCCUCCGGAAAGCUGUGGCAGCAUCAGCGGACCUCCCCAAUCUAGUCGUGUAUGUUGCACAAGACUGCACCGUCUACUUGGAGGACGUGAAGCGGUUGUGUGAGCGUCCUCUCCCUCAGCCCUGGAAGUCUGUCAUCAUCCUGGUUCCUGUGCGACUUGGAGGACAAGAUCUCAACCCCUCCUACAUCGCUUGUGUCAAAAAACUCUUGACGUUGCCAUGCUGCAUUGGAAUCAUCGGAGGCAAGCCGAAGCACUCUCUGUUCUUCGUCGGCUUCCAGGAUGACCAUGUGCUGUACUUGGACCCUCACUACUGUCAGCCCACAGUGGACAUAACAAAGGAGAACUUUCCCUUGGAGUCCUUUCACUGUAAAUAUCCCAGGAAAAUGGUUUUCUCUCGCAUGGACCCCAGCUGUACCAUAGGAUUCUAUGCCAAAGGCCAAAAGGACUUUGAAUCCCUGUGCACAGCAGUUCAUGAGGCUCUCAGCAUAUCUGCAGAGACGUACCCCAUGUUUAUAUUUGCAGAAGGAAAAUGUCAGGAGGAGGAGAGAACCAAUACACCACCUUACAAUAUCGCCUAUAUCCAGAGGAACAAUGAAAUGAGAAGAGUCAACACUCGCAACAGUAUGGACGAGUUUGUUCUGUUAUGAACAGAAGAAGAUUAAAAUCUGCCCCGAGGGGCGGACAGUGACUAUCAAUAAUCAAACGUACAUAAUGUGGCAACUACUGAGCUUGAAAACAAACAAUGUCCUCAAAACACCCACUAGCCAUAACCUCAAGGGGAAAUUAAGUAGCCAAGUAUAAGUAAUGACACUACAAUGUUAUUGUUUUUGUAUUGCUGUUUUUUGCUCAACUAUAUUUUUAUUUAUUGUUUUAACAGAAGAACAUUUAAAUUAAUAUUAAAUUGAAGGACUUUGAAGAAUAUAUAUAUAUAUAUAUAUAUAUAUGAUAUAUAUUUUUUAUUUAUUUUUUGCCUUUUAAACUAUUUGUGUUUAUCAACAAAAUCCAGGAGCUCACGCUAAUUAAUUUGACUAAAUACAUUCUAAAUAAUCUAAUUAAAGUUUAUAAUAGUACAUUUCUCCAAGGGACAAAUUUAAAGCAACUGUUGCCUCUCACUGUUUCAUGUCAUGUGACGGGAUGUACCGCCUUUUUUGAAUGGAUUAGAAAAUUGGAUUCCUGUUAACAUGUGACACACGCAGGAGAAACGCAGUAUGACUUCACUGCAGAAGAAGUCGGAUGUUGUGAAUGCACUCUUACAGGAAAAGAACAAAACGUACUGAAAAGAGACUCUCUAUUAUUCCGAUUUUUAUUUCCUUUUUCUGCUGUCUUAUCUGAAUAAAUGUUUGUUUUUUUU